AUGCUGUUAAAGGUUUGCGACAACCUCGGCCGUGAGCUUGGUAUAGGCUCAUUCAGCCAGCCCUCCUGCCCUAAGGCUCUUCGAUCCCGUCGCAUAGAUCCCCGAAUCGGAUCUGGAACCGAUAGGGCACCGUCGAAAUGGAGCUCUAUAGCCAUCACUGAGGCGUCACCAAAACAACCAAGCAACAAUCUUGCCUUGACUACAACCUCUGAAGCGGCUGGCGUCACCUCGAUGCCAACAUCGCCUCACAAGCUCUCCGGCCUGGCCGGCUGCCUCAGUGGAAGCAGGCCGACGUUGAGAGAGACGAAGAGCUGCCUCGGGGCAAACUGGUACAGUCGAUCCUCAACUCGGGGGUCAUACCAUCCCAAGCACCACCACAACCAAAAUCACCUACAUCCGGCUCAUAACACCAGUCACAACCAUCGGACUCAGUAUCUGGCCGGUUGUCUGAACGGCCUUUCACCGCCGGCCUGGCUGUCUGGAGGACGACAUACGGUAGCAGGAGGUACAGGAAUCAGAAGGCACGGAUCUCCCGUCCCUUCUCCCAGCCUCCUCCUCCAGCCCACCAAUCCCCAGUCUCUGCAUCGCCAGCUCCCAAUCGGCGGUCGAGAUGACAUCGAGUCGCCAGGGCGACGAGAUCUCACCUCCGGAGCCGACCAGUCGGCUUCCCUUCCUUUGUCGCUCCAGCCGCCCUUGUCAAUGCCUCUGCCGUUGCCACUACCACUGCCACUACCUCUACCUCUACCACUGCCGUUGUCACUAUCGCUACACCUGCCUUGGGUACAGACGCGCCAGACGGCCGCGAUGGCAGGCGUGAAAUCGUCAAGCCUUCAGAUGGGACUCCGAGGCUCUGGUGCCGUAUCAGAGCCGGAGCUAUCUGCCUGGCCGAUGGGCAAACCGAGCCAAGGCCCCCACUUUCCCUUGCCUCCACCACACCCACAACAUCCACCACGACCAUCACACCUCCCAGUCUCGGCCCAGGCACUACUGGUACCCCCAGCCAUCUCAACCACUAGGGCCAGCCCGAGUCCGGCAUUCGGCCAGACGUCACCGCCAUCAUGUUCUCCACGCCUCGUCACCCCAGCUUCAAGCUCGUCCAACAUCAGACUCCCAUUGUCACCACCGCCCGUCUCGGCGUCCAAUUGCCUCCGUCACGCCGCAUCGGCACUGCCCGGCAGUACUGAAGACGUCACUUUGGCCCUACAGUCUUUGGCUGCUAUGGCGGCUGCUUUUUUUGCAAUACAAAAAGACGCGAUUGGCACAAAGCGAUCAGCCGGUAUUGCCGACGCCUCUUCUCGACUGGAUGAAGAGGCCGGAUCUGAGGAAUGGAUGAGCGCCUGCAAGGCAGGUGACCCGGCCCCAGAGGCGACGGAUCGUCAGCACAACGAGGACUGCAGGUGUUCUGUCUGCUUUCGAAGACGACUCUUUGACCAAUUCAGACAACAGCUUCAACUCCAUCUUCCCGCAGUAGAGACGGGCAAGCCGAGAGGAGACGAGACAUUCCGGCCCUGGCAACCAGACCCGAUGGAGAAGGCGACAACAGCACGGAAGUCAGAGGCCGCCAGCUCGGCCGGCCAAGCUGAAAUAGCGGAAACUGGGGUCGUUGGUGGAACUGUGCCACAGACUGCCUGCUAUUGUGUCUUCUGUGGGAAGCACUGUCUCGGAGGUCAAUCAGAAAUGGUGAGCCACAUUGCGGAAAAACACGAAAUCGCCACACCCAACACCAUGCAGGGCCCUCAACUAGCCGAUGAUGCUGCGGGCGACUGUAGCAUGUCCAACUCUCCUCCACUUCCCUCAGGACCGAAACCCCACAUCUCGCCCAGCCUCCCAUUCGGUCAAUUUCCCUUCCCCUUAUCAUUGCCAAUGCCGAUGUCAAUGUCGUUGCCAAUGUCGUUGCCAAUGCCGAUGUCAAUGUCGAUGCCGAUGCCAUUGCAUCUGUCCCCGUUGGCUUUUCCAUUUACGCAUUCGACAACUCGAGGCGACCCAAUUCAGACGUCUUCAUCGGCCCUCUUCACGCCCAACCUGUUGGCCGCAGCAGUGGCCGCCCAAGCCAGCGGCCUGAUUGGCCAGCAUUCCAAUCCCAGGCCGGCCGAUGCACCUCAGACAGCCAAUCCGAGUGGGACCACCGGGCCCGAGACCUGUGAUCUGGCGCCGCGUCUGCCCAGCUUCCCAUCGGCCGGUCAACACGGGCCGAGGCUAACCAGCCUGAUGGCCUCGGGUAUGAUGCCGUCCUCCGCCUCCCAGACACAGUUACCCGGCCCGAAUGUCCCGGGCCCCGGCCAAUCGGCAUUCUUUCCUCCUCAAUCACACACAGCCCCCGCUCCGCCAGGACGCCCCCCCUUGCAUCUGCACAUGCCUUUGUCCACGCCCCGAUUCUACACUGGCCCAGCAACAAAGUCGACAAGUCAGCGGACCGGCGGUCUGUCUGGAGGAGGCAGUCGCAGACAGACUUUGUCAACCGGAGACGCAGGUGGUGGAGACCAGAGCUUGCCGGGCAUAGCCGGUUUCCAACACUUGGCCGGCCAGCUCAAGGUGCUCUUCACAACCUUGGCCAAUCAGGAGAUGGGCAAUGCGGCCAUCGAGUCGGCUGGUUCGGCUCCUGGCACUGGCGGGGUCGGCAGUCUGGAUAGCGGGCCUCAUUCGAGCCGAGUCGAGCAAGCCAAGUUGAGCCCAGGCCGACUUUCGCCGGGCAUACCGCCCUGCCAAACAGUGGCGCUCGAUCUGCAUCACACAGCGAUUAGGGGAAACAUUGUCUCGUGA